AUGACAAACAAGCGGUGUGAAGUCCUCCUGGGUAGUGGAAACUACUUCCACUGGGAGUAUAACAUGCGCAUGACGUUGGCGCGCAAGGGGCUGCUGGUGCACGUUCAAGUCAUCAAGAAAGAAGAAGAGAUGACGGAUGCCUGGCUGUUCAACGACGCUAAGGCACUGGGUAUCAUCGCUCAAGGCAUAGAGCUACAGCACCAGACUAAGAUACGAUCGGCGACGACAGCUAUGCACGCGUGGGUCAUCUUGCGGGACUUCUACAACCGCACCACGCUCCACAAUCGUGUCGAGAUGACACGUCGUCUGCAUGAGUUCAAGAUGGAGAAUGGUUCGACCAUGUCGAAGCACUUGGAUGCUUUUGACGAGCUUGUUGUCGGCCUCCAGACACUUGGAGAGCCAGUCGAUGACUCUCGGCAGCUAGUGGUGCUGCUUAGUAGUCUUCCGACGGACUAUGAGCUUAUCUCGUCAAUUGUAGAGAAUUCCAAGGACAUUACGCUCAUCGAGGUCAAGGAAAAGCUGCUCAAGGAGCAUGAACGAUUGCAGAGGAAGGAGACUACGGAGAAGGCGUUUCCUGUAAGCAGCAACUGUAGACGGUUCAAGGGAGGCCAAGGUAACGGCCGCAAGGGAAACUAUCUACGGAAAACCAACACCGGAAUUAAAGGCAAGUGCUUUAAGUGUGGUCUAGUCGGACACUAUAAGCGGGACUGCCUGAAGCGUAGCAAUGGCGAGGAAGAAGGUGCUGUGUUUGCUGCUGGUGAGUUGCAAUGCGAAGAAUGGCUUAUCGACAGCGGGGCUACGUCGCACAUGACACCACAUCGGAGCGAUCUAUUUGAGUACAAGGAGUUGAAGACUGGUCAACAAGUCUCUAUCGCUGAUGGCAAGAAGCUGCAGGUAGCUGGAGUGGGAACAGUCAAGCUGAAAGGUCUAGACAGUCGACGGAUCAUGAUGGUCGAUGUCAUGCACAUACCAGGACUUGACAAACGAUUGCUGUCCGUUGGCAAACUGGCAGGACGAGGCAUGAGAGUGGAGUUUCAAAGCUCGUCCUGCAUCAUUUGGAGUGCCAAGCGCGCGAUUGCAAGCGGCAAGAAGAUUGGCAAGGCGUACUUCCUGGAUUGCGAACAAGAAGAAGCCCGGCUUGUAGAAUACGCAGGGGCUGAAAGUGAGUGGGAGCUUUGGCACGCUCGCUUGGGACACCCCGGAAGAUCUGGUAUGGACAAGACACAGCGCGCUACGAGUGGUAUGCCGGCGGUAAAGCAGGGCAUCGAGAAGCUGUGUAGUGGAUGCAUGAAGGGCAAGCUGACGAUCGAUACAUUCCAGUCUCAAUCGCUAACAAGGACGUCACGUGUGUUGGAACUAGUACACACGGACGUGAUGGGACCGAUGAAGACGGUCUCAAAGGGUGGUGCACGAUUCGUAUUGACAUUCGUAGACGACUACUCAAGAUUUGUGGCAGCGUACUUCAUGAAGCACAAGAGCGAGGUGGCCGCAAGGCUUAGCGAGUUCAAGGCUUUCUAUGAGAAUCAAUGGGGCAAGCACUUGAAGUGUAUACGGUCCGGAUAA